UCGGAAAUCUCACAAAUCAUCAACAACAACAACAACAACAAAUACUGCUUUUCCUGGGAGUCCUUGGUCUUUGUAUGAUCCUUCAUUAUUCAGUUCAACAAGGCCCGUUUAUCAAAUGAUGAGAUGACAAAGAGAGGAAGGUCAUGGCGCGACAGACGAAGGAAGUCCAAGCAGAAAGAAGAGGGUGUUCGACAUGUGACAGCCUCACUGAUGUCCCGAGAUGACAGCAUCCAGCUGAUGAGAUGGCUGAGGAGGAAUGGCUUUAGGGAUAGCCACCUUGUUCUGACGGACUUCCCUGAUACAGGGAGAGGGGUCAUGUCAACCAGAAAUCUAAAGGAAGGAGACUGUAUUGUGAGCUUACCAGAAAACUUGCUCAUCACAACAACAACAGUUGUUAACAGCCAUCUUGGACAAUAUAUCAAAACCUGGAAACCACGUCUCACCCCUAAGCAGGUCCUCAGCCUGUAUCUGAUUGCUGAGAAAUCCCGUGGGAAGGACUCCUUCUGGUAUCCAUACAUCCAGACUUUACCAACAUCAUACACGACUCCUUCCUACUUCUCAACUGCAGAAGUCGACGCCCUUCCUGCUCUUGUGCGGGAGGCCACCUUGCGGCACAGAAAAGUACUGCAGAACUCCUACAAAUCCUUGCAAACAUCCCUGCACAACCUGGAGCCCCUGUUUCCAGACUGGAAGACUGUUUUUACCUUGAAGUCCUAUCGAUGGGCGUGGGCCACAGUGUACACCAGGUCUGUGUACAAGAGGGGCCCAGGAUGGGAGUUCUUGGACCCCAGUGACCCUGAUGUGUACGCCCUGGCUCCAUUCUUAGACAUGUUGAACCAUUCUCCCUUGGUACAGACAGACACUGACUUCAAUGUGAGCAGCAAGUGUUAUGAGGUGAAGACAGAGGGGGCAUGUAGAAAGUACAGGCAGGUGUUCAUCAACUAUGAUCCCUACGACAACGGCAGACUACUGAUGGAGUACGGCUUUGUCAUGCCUCGUAAUCCUCACAGUGUUGUUACAUUUACUGCAGAUGAUGUUGUGGCUUGCCUAGCUGUUAAGCAAAAUGGCCUGAGUAGUAAAAAUCUGCUACAGAAGAAGAUGGAGCUGUUGUCACAGGAAAACCUCACCGUAAAUCUCAGCUGCAGUGGAGAAGGGCUAUCUUGGAGACUGCAAACUGCACUGCAGGUUCUUUGUAUGGACCAUGAUAGCAUUUGUAACUGGAGGACUGUUCUAAGACAGACACCUCGUGACCCAACCCUCUGGUCUACAGCCAGGCUUGUUGCUCAGAGACUCAUCAGUAAAAGGUUGGAGCAACACAGCUCCAGAACUCAGGUUGCAGAGAAAAUAUUGGACCCAGGAAACUCCUUGAUAAGUUUAUUUAUCCUAAUGUUGCUUAGGGAGGAUCUCUAUAUAUUGGAGCAUAGCUUAAAGGAACUUAACUCACACACAGCGGGUGCCCUCGAAAAAUGAUCUGUUUUUCAUUUGAUAUUCUGUUGAAUAUUACAAACAUGGUAUCAGUGGCUAAACAUCACCAGAACCCUUGUUUCUUCUUCUGUCUUUAUUUGUUUGCUUCACUGCAAGCAUGCCAUUACAAACACGUGUUGGACUGGCCCCCAAAAAUGUUCUGACUUUCAAACCCUGUCAUACCAAAGUACUGUACAAAUCUAAUUAACAAUUGCCUAUAAAGAUACAGCGUUAUACAUCAAGUAUUUAGGUAAAAUUUUAAACAAUUGUAUUAGAUGUACUUAAGUCUGUAUAUAUGUAUAUGUCUGUGAUUUUUACUUUAAUCUAUUACUUGUCUUGAAAUUAUGUAUGAUUAUAUAAACAGAUAUACAUGUUUUCUCACUUUGGUAUGUGAGAAUGUUGAUGUAUCCAUUAUUUCAUCAAUGUUAGAAAGCUUGACAUACCUGUUGUAGAAGACUUCAAUCUGGUUGUAUCCUUUGUGCAAAUGCAUAUUACUAUUUUACAAACCUUGUUAUUUACAUAAGCAUCAGAUCUGAUAUGGAAAAUGCAAACUCUGUCUCACAGUGCUCAUAAAAAUUAUCAUAUUGGAACAUGAUGAGUACAAAUGGCAUUAUGAAAGCAAAUGGAAUAUAAACGUAUAUAUAAUAAAAGUGAAAUAUGUU